ACAAAUGAGCCCCGCUCAUACGGGGAUCACUGCAUUUACAGUUCAUAGAUCCGGGCCUUGAUGUACACAACGUGCAGUCAUUGUACAGUACAUGUGCAGUCAUUGGAUUCACUACAAAACUGCACUUCGCUAAAAGCGGUACCCUAACCACUCAAAACACUAUCGCUGACGAUGUUGCUGUUGUGAAGGGGCUAUCAUUUCUUACUUGAAAUAUGAAGAAGUUCUGGUUUUAUGGAACAGUUUAUCAACUGCAUUCAGUAAGGAUUUUUGGAGUCACUUGUCAAACUGGAAGGCACAUGGUGCAUGCGGCACUAGCUUAGCCCGGGCGCUAGUGGCGUUGUUACGCACAACCACAGGGACCGGUGAAGUCUGUAACUGUAUCGUGGAUUUGUUUACCUAGCUAAAGACUUGCAACAUGGAUCGGGAAGUGAAUGGACUACGGGCGGUCUAUACUCUGUGUGUCUACACCUGUCUCGUGCUUUGUAGUUGUACUUUUCGUCUAGUAUGUGGUGAGGUCCACUGUUACUGUAACUCACCAAGAUGCUCAUCGAGUAAUUACAUGUGCGAGUCACAACUCGGAUGUUACUCACUACUCGUCGACAGGCAAGGGAACACUAACGAUCCGUACCUGCACGGAUGUAUCGAAUCGAUUACCAUGGAGAAAUGUGAGGAGAUUGCUCGAUUGAACAAUGAGACGUCGACUGUACCGGCUGAGAGUGCAUCUCAAUAUCAAGAUCUGUCUUGUUGCUUUGACAGUAUGUGUAACUUUAAAGACGGAUCUGAGAUCAACGAGGAUUUGGAAACAUUUGAUGACCAGUAUAUGACUGAACCGUACGAAGCAGCUAGCGAGCAGGCAGUUUGGUUUAGAGCUGCCGUGAUUGCUGUACCGAUUGCUGGAGCUUGUAUUCUCAUUGGACUUAUCAUGGUGGCUGCAAGAAUGCUACGGAGCGAGGACAAACAAUUCACCAAACUGAGCGUUAACGUCCGACAGAGGGCGGUACUACGGACUCGCAAUGCCCAUAACAGUACCAUCCACAGGGCGCCGCAGUUUCUCGACAAUUCUCGCGUGAAGAACAUCAAUAUCACGGGAAACAAGCUGGUAGAUCCGUUCAUCGGGAGACCGAAUAAGAUCAACAAUACGAACAAUAUGUCUAAGGUUACCAAUGAACUGUUGCAUCAACAGAGAUGUGUUAAUGAAUGCCCGCGAUUGAUAUCAACACAGCACUAUGAGAAAAUGUACAGGGAAAAUUUCGAUGUCGUAUAGCAAGAGCACCAUAGUGUGAAGAGACUUGACUGUCAUAUGUAAUUUUGUGUAUUUUUGUAACCUUUGUGAAUAUUGUACAUAAAAAGAUAAUUAUGUACAGAAGUGCGCUUCAUUAUUAGAGGAAUCCUGAAAGGGUAUUAUUAUUGUAAAAUUUCUCUUGAAUUGUGGUUAUUAGUAAUAUGUUAACUUUCAAAGAGAUGGAAACUAUUGAUUGCAUACCAGACUUCUUCUGGAGCUGCUAAGCUAAUACGGCUCAAAGCUAAGGAUAUAAUUGUGCAUGAUUUGCUUAUGUUAUUUUAUUUCACUGUUGGUAACCGGUGGAAACAACCAAUAAUUUUCAGAUCAAUUCGACUGGGCUUUUUUUAAAUUUUUAUAGAAGUUUGUUGAAAAGGCGCAAUCCACGCAUGACUAGACUACAAAGAGGCAUUCUAUAUGAUUUUAGGGAUAUCGUACCGAUAAUAGCUAGGAAAUCAAAUAUAUGAAUCAUUAACUUUUUAUCAGUACAUUUUCUAUUUCUGAAGAUGCUAACAGUAACAAAUGAUUUUUUGGUUGUAAUUUUGAUAACUGUGCAGGCUAUAUCAAUAUUUUGAUAGGGCGCCCUCAAUAACGUUUUCGUACCCCCACUGUUAUACAGAGAGAAAGAAUUUAUUGAAACCAAGGCAACUGUGUUUUUUAAAUUUUAGAAUAAGUUUUUGUUGUUGCGUUGAGUAGGCCUACGCCUAUUAAAUGUAUUAUGGCGAACAUGAUGAACAAGUUCAGGAUUUGCUCGUCGUACACGUAGGCCUACUUAAAUGUACUUGAAUUUUCUUUUAUGGCCAACUGCAAUUUUGUUUUUCUCCAAAAUUCAAAAUGGUCGCCAAGAACAAUCACAUGUUACUCCGUAGGCUACAAUUUGCCAGUGUUAAUAUUUGUCUUUCUUUCGAGGUAGGCUAAUAUGCAUUUGUCUAGAAAUGAAAGAUAGCUUGUAGCCGUCCACAUACGCUUCUAAGUUCUAUGCAUUCUUCGCCCACUUGGUGCCAAUGUAAAAAGUCUGGCUUCAAAUGCCAGUCUUUUAGCAAUACAGUAAACUAUACUCUGCAUGUGAUCGAGCAAGAAUAACAAUUCUUGGUUGAGCGGAAAUUGAAGAGUACUGGUUUUUUCUGUCUGUGAUGCAGAAUGUAGUUUGACAAACUCUGAUUUUGCCCUGCCUCUUUUUGUAAUGCCAACUACAAGAUUAUUGUAGAGAUUAUUUCGGUUCUCUUGUUGGUUGUAUGAUUAUAAAAUCAGGGAAAGAU